AUGGUUAUCAAAGAAGUUAAGAAACUUUGGAGAAUGGUCUGUUAUGCUGGUGUGUAUGUUUUAUUUGUAAGUGUACCUUAUUGAUUGUUAGUGCUUUAUAAAAAAAUGUCUGAACUUCAAGUUAGUUCUAAAAUAGGCUGGGUUCAGUAUGGCGCCGGGUCUAAAUGAAUGCUCGAGGGGUUCAGUUAUAGUACCGCCCACACUAAAAGAGUUGGCUUACAAUCAAAACCUGACUCUUAGGCUUGUGUAUGACCGGCAACAAAAAAUUUAUAAUGUUUUAUUUGUAUUUCAUGUUGUUUGAUUUACACAGCCCAAUUUAAUUGUGUUUCAGAGUGUUAUUAGUGAAGCGCAUAGUGUAUGGUAUCACAAAAGUAAGUUAUCAACUAAAGUAUUCCUUUUGCAUACGUCAAGAUUUUAAAAACUAAGAAAUAAUUUUUGGAUAUUUUAUAAUAUUGUAUAUUGUAGGCUCUUUGCAACACCCAAAUCCGUUGGUAACGGUGGUUCCAGCUCUUUGUUUUAUGAAUAUUGGUGCUUUAAUUGUAAGUUUUAAAAAAUUACACAACAGUCAUUUUCCUUGUCAUCUUUUGCUUUGCAAAGAAAGUUUUAGCCAUUUUUGUUCUGUAAACAAAGUUAUUGCUAUAAUACUUGUAAAGAGAGUUUUUUUUAUUACUAACAUUUGUUUUUUUACACUGACUGCAUUUCUAAAAAUGAUUUAAUUAAUAUUUAAUUAUACAUCGAACAAAAAGUUACACGUCUAGGUAAACAACUUAUUAAUUACAGGGGUACGUACUUCUUCGACGAGCUCUCUUUUCUUCGUACGACAAAAUACGUUUUGCCGGAUUGUUGAGACAGUUCAAAGUUUGUUUGCUUUUAAAACAUAAUGUUAUGUGAUAACCAAUCAAAACAAAACCGACAAAAUAAUUUAAAAAACUAUAUAAUUCGAAUUCAGCUGCAACAAAACAUUUGGAUUAUACUGCGACUGAAGUCAUGCUUAAUAGCUCAAGGUGUGGCGUUCACGAUCACUGAGUUGUUACUUAUAUGCAGCGCCUGUCUAAAAGGCGAAUCGGAUUUUUACUCAACAGUAUACUCAGUAUACCUUCUUGCAUUAUCUGUAUAUUUCUUGACUCAAGCCGUUUCAACGUUUGUCCUGGAUCGACAUUUAAGAUGGAAAUUCUCGGCGGAACAAAUUGUGCCUAAAAACGUGUUUGACAAAGCAAUAAUUGUUAUGAACACUCAAGAAAACAACUUUAAUGUCCUUCAAGCGAUGUGGGAUGGAGACAAAUUGAUGAAUAAGUGUUGA